GCCGCUGUCGGGCACGGUGGCCAGGGAGCCCUGGCGCCUCGGCCUCGCCUCGGAGGGCGGCGGCGCCCUCGAGGCCCACGGCUGGAAGCUGCGCCCCGUGCCCUCGGGCAGCAUCGCGGUGCCCAAGGGCAAGCUCGAGAGGCUCGUCGCCACGGGCGUCGAGCAGGCGCAGGCCGCCGUGGCGCUGUACCGGACCUGGGAGGACGAGGGCGCAGCGGCCGCGCUGCUAAGCGCAGGGAGGAGGUGCCCUGAUGGCCGACUCCGAGGACGCCUCGGCGCUGCGGCUCGCGAUGGCGGCGGGCGCCUCGCCGCCCGCCGGCGGCGCCGGCGUUUUCAGGUACGGCACGGACUACCCGCAGCCGGUGAUCCCGCCCGUGUCCCUCCGCGGCACCGAGGAGGACGAGCGCGCGGCGCGGGAGGCGCAGGCGCGCCGCGACCGCCAGAGAGCGGCGGCCAGGCGGCGGGGCCGCCCCGGCACGGGCGGCGACCGGCGGCCAGCUGCCGGCCCGGCCACGGGCGACCUCGGACGGGCCCGCGCCCGCGGGGGCGGGCCAGUGGCGGCGGGCGAAGCAGAAGCCACGCACGUAGCUUGCGCAGCACGCUCACCGAGGACCCGCCUCGUCUCUUCAUUUGCUCAUCACGCUCACAGAGGACCCACCUCGCCUCGUCAGCCUGCUUCCAGGAGCACCCUCGUUACCUCGCGUUUCUAUCCUGGCCUGUGUCUUGCGUGGCCGCACCCCCGUGCGGCGACUACGAAGAGGUUGUGGUCACGCCGGGGUGUGGUCUGCGAGCUUACGCUGGGGAGCACCACGUUGCCUUCGUUUUCUUCCACAGGGGCCGGGCGGAGAACUCUGUCGAGGUCCUCGCCCGCCCCCCCUGGGUGCGCGUUGCAGACCACACGCUUCGGAGUCGCCGACCCUUCUCUCCUUCUCUCCUCCCCUCCUG